CUGCUGCCUUGAAACGGUGCUUUAACAUCCUUCGCACGCGCUUGUUUUAACUACGUCUUCUUGAGUGCUUUCUGUUUCAAUAUGGAGAUUUCUCGGCAGCAGUUUCAAUCAAAGAUUGAGACCAUCCGAGAGGCUAUUGAAGAAUGCGAUUUUAUUGCUGUGGACACCGAGCUAUCAGGUCUUCAUCGUCCUGGAGGUAGUAAACGACUUGACACUUUGGACAAUCGUUACACUGAAUACAAAGAGGCAACGGAACGGUUCCAGAUCAUUCAGUUUGGCUUCUGCACGUUUACGUGGGACGAGCGCAGUGGUCGGUAUAUGGCCAAACCGUUCAACUUUUACAUUUUUCCAACGGGCACGACAGGUCGGAUCCAACCAAAUCGUGUUUUCAUGACGCAAGCACAAGCUUUUGACUUUCUUGCAAAGCAGUCGUUUGACUUUAAUAAGUGGGUUUAUCAAGGCAUUCCAUAUCUCACCGUAACAGAAGAACAAGAGUAUAUUGCCGAAGCACGAAAAAGAAUCCGUGAUGAUUUGCCGGAUAUCCGUAUUGAUGAAAAAGAAAAACUAUUUGUCGAGGAUGCAAAGAAAAAGAUCGCGAAAUGGGUAGAGAAUCCAAAAAAGACUGAUGACGAGAGUGGCGUCAACAUCUCCACUCGAAAUGCGUAUCAGCGUCGAUUGAUAUAUCAAGAAGUCCGGAAAAGUUUCCCAGAUCUAACUGCCGAGGGCCGAACUGGCUUCAUUCGUAUCGUGAGGCUAACUGAAAAGCAGCUCGAAAAACGUACUAAUGAACAAAUGGCCCGAGUACAGAAAGACUGUGACGAUGCAGUUGGUUUCCGCAAAGUGAUUGACAUGAUUUCAGCGUCGCGCAAGAUGGUCGUGGGCCACAAUAUGCUACUUGAUAUCUGUCAUAUUAUUGGCCAGUUUAUUCAGCCGUUGCCAGAUAAUGUCAAUGAAUUCAAAAAGCUAGCCCAUAAGGUGUUCCCUUAUAUGGUUGAUACCAAGUACAUGUGUGCUGCCUCGACUGAAUUACAGUCACGCAUUGGUGCAGGAACUGCAUUAGAAAAUUUGCGUUUCGAGACCAAUCAAGAACUGUUCAAGAAUCCAUAUGUUGAUAUGAGCAUUGAAUUUCCUCGAUAUCUUCAUGACAAAGAGCAUGAAGCUGGUUAUGAUGCAUAUAUCACGGGCCUGGUGUUCUUGAAACUACACUCGUACCUUGAAAUUCAGGCGAACCCACCGCCACCAAAAGCACCCGAGGAAGAAAUAAAGCAAGAAGAACCAGAACCUGUCAAGGAGGAAGUUCCUGAAGAAGAGCGUAAACGUCGAGGCAAUACGGAUGGGUGGGAUGUUUCAGAUGAAGAGGGAGAGGAUGCAGCCUGGCUUGAAAGUGAUAAUGAGGACGACCAAUUCAAUCAAGACGACGAAGAAGAUGUAUAUAACUAUGGAUCGACACGCUAUCCACUCUUCGACCAAGACCGCCAACCAGCAUCGGUCAUUGCUAACUAUGUCAAUAAGGUUGUGAUGGUCAGAACUGCCUUCCUAUACUUUGAUUUCAUCGACACGGAAACCAUCGAUCAUACAAUAGACGCCUUUUACAUUACGAGCAGCAACACACAACAACCAUCUCCGCUCCCUCAAGCCGAUAUUUUGGCGCUGUUCGCUGAAUAUGGCAAGUGCAUCAUUGAUACGGCGGGUGAUGACAAUGAUGCGAGUGCAUUUGUUGUGUUUGAAAAUCUCAAGGAAGAUCCAAAUGCUGUCAAGGAAAAUGUUUUGAAGGGGCUUGCAGCUGAGGAGAUCAAGGAUGUACAAAUUGAAACCAUAGCAAAGUAUUAUGAAAAUGUAUUAUUAUUGAGAAACAAUGUUGGACAAGAGAUUAAUAAAGAGUAAGAAGAUUACGC